AUGUUAACAGUGGCUACAAGUCGGACAUGUUUCACGCGGUGGAAGUCGCCAACCGUAAUAACUACUAUUCGUGAAACCCGGCACAAAUGGGCGUCAAGUUUUUAUACUCGCUAGUUUUAUGUAUCACGACGUUGUGCGUUGUAAGCGGAUGGGCGUCGUCUGUGGAAGAGGCCGAACCGUCCGAGUCGUCUUCGUACGAAGAGACGGCAAGCAAAAACGCCUCGCCGCGCCAAGAUGACGGCACCCAAAAGGCGACCCAGGACCACAGCAGAGGCCUUUUGAAACGGUUCAUCGUGCCGACCUCCGCCGACAUAGGGCGGGAGCUGUUGGGCGGCGGAAACCCGUACUACACAAGGAAGCCGCAACAGCAGCAGCGGCAGCACCAACAGCAACAGCAGCAACGUCAGAUCCAACAACACCCGCAUGAAGGCCGAACCGCCGGGGACCCGUUUGGAUUCGGCCCAUCGUCGUCGGGCACUUACAACGAACAGUCCGAGAGUUACCAGCAGGCGGGAGGCGGAACGGGAGGAAGCAUAAGCUUCGACUCUACCGGGUUUACCGAUUUCGUGCCGUCGCCGGGACCGUUCCGUUCGCCACCGUCGCCGUCCGCGCCGUCUCCGUUUUCCACCGGGUCCGGCGGUUCUAGCUCCUCGCCCUUCGACACCACCGGUUUUGGCCGCGACACGCCACCGUCCAGCGGUUACACAAGUGGCGUCGGCAAUUCGGGUUACUCUUCGAGUAGCGGCAACUCGGGUUACUCGUCUGGCAGCGGCAACCCGAGCUAUUCAUCGGGUAGUGGCAGUCCGGGUUACUCUUCGGGAAGUGGCCAUUCCAGUUUUUCGUCGGGAAGCGGAAAUUCCGGGUAUUCUUCAGGCGGCGGCGGCGGCGGCGGUGGCGGUUACGACUACACGCCGGCCCAGCAGCCCAUCAUACACAAGUCAAUCUACGUGCACGUGGCGCCACCCGAUGACGAGCCGCCCCGCAAACAGCGUGUGAUCGUGCCCAACGUACCGCCCAAGAAAAACUAUCAGAUAGUAUUCAUCAAGGCGCCCACGCCGCCGGCACCCACCGCGCCCAUCAUACCGCCACCGCCGCAACACUUGGACAAGACGCUCAUUUACGUGCUGCACCCGAAACCGGAAGAGGCGCCGCCCAUACACAUACCCGCGCCGCCCGUUACGCAGCCGCUCAAGCCCGAAGUGUACUUCAUCAAAUACAAAACUCGCGACCACGGGACGUCCGACGGCGGCGGUGAUCUGGGUCACGGCGGCGGAGGAGGCGGGUAUUUGCCCGAACCCGGCAGCGACUUCGGCGAGAAUCCCGGUUACCAUCGGCGGUACGGUCGGGACGGAAGUGAAAUCCUACCGCCACGGUUAUCGUCGACCUCGUCGUCGGCGGCGCCCUACACCGACAGCCCAGAACAGGAGACCGCCGGUCCCGCCGAACAGGAGCCGCAGGCCACCGACGACGAGAGCGACGUUAGCGAAGCGGAAGGCCGAAGUGGCUUCAGCUCGGAAUACUAUAACAACGAGGACGCUUCGGUGGAAAGCAGUAACCUAAGCGAGACUCGAGUCCCAUCUUCCAUGGCGACCAAAGGCAAAAACGGCCAUUGACAACGUUAAUACCAUAUUAUAUGUAAUAAUUAUCUUAGCUAAAUAGUAUUAUUCAGAUUUAGUAAA